CCUUAUAUUCCUCAGUCGCUUUCGUUCUCAAAACGUCUCUCAACUCAACGCAAUGGGCUCAAAGGUCCACAUCGUCAUAUUCGUGUUUGGACUUGCCGCCAUUUUGUUUUUGAAUGCGGUCGAUUCCAUCGAUUUUCUCGACGACAAUUUCGGAGCAGACCCCGGAUGUAAAGACCCAUGGACAACGGAGUGGACCAGAGAUAACCAAGACUGCAGUAAAGUUCAUUUCUGUGUACAGGGCAAGAAAUACUGGAGUAUAAACUGCAACGACAGUCGAGUGUGGUCCAAUAUCGGCCAUGCAUGCGUGGAGCCAAUGUCCCAGUGGGACGACUGUAAUCAAGUGAUGACCACCCCCGCUAUCAAUGACGAGCGUUGCGUCCUCCCCAGUGGAAUGAACCCUGACCCCGACAACUGUGCCCAGUUCCUGGCCUGCACCAACCGGACAGUGGUGGCCACGAUGCAGUGUCCAGAGAACACGCUCUUCUCCACCAAGAACAACACGUGCGAACUCAGUUUCCUAGUGGCUGACGAGUGUCGUACGAGACUCAUUCCCGACCACGUUGUUGUUACCACUGCCAGUCCAAUCAUCGACAAACCUUGCGAGGGGACCAAGAACGGUGACGUCCAUGACCCCACCCAUUGUGCCCGCUUCUACAAGUGCAACUACGGUCGCGUCGUCGCCAGAAUCAAGUGUCCCGCAAACAGUGCCUUCUCAUCCGAGAAGGUCAAGUGCGACUGGAGAGCAAACGUCGACUGCCAGGAUCGUCCACUCUCUUGAACUCCUCUGAUCACGUGUCCGUCUAUCGACCAAUGGUUUUGCUUCCUCGUGUCAUAUGAGAAUACACUAAUCAAUGGCAACAUCACCCCAACUUCUUAUUUCAUUGAAUAUCAUUUUUGUUUUUAAAGAUACGUUUGUUUGGUUUUAUCAAUUGUCGAACCAAUUUGUCUACUUGUGAUGACAUCUGAACGAGGGCUAUUUUGAUUUCAGAAUGAUAGUUUAAUACACACCUCAUCUUUAAUUUAUUUCAUUUUUGUUCAAAGAAGCUCGGAUCGACAUGAUUUUUUUAUAACUGUUCUUAAUAAAACACUGUCUCAGAAAAUUGUGUUCAGUCUAUAGGCAUAUUGAAAUAUGGCGAUUGACAUAUAUGAACUGAUAAGAGGAUAUGCAUAAAUAGUAACAUUCUUCAGAAUGCUUAAUGGAUAUUAGAAUAAGUUAGUGAUCGAAUGAAUGACGUCAUGCAGUGUAUGUGUUUUGUGGAGAAAUAAAUUGUUUUCAUUAAA